AUGCCAAAUACUUCACCAGAAAAAAAAGAAUUUCGAUCUCUUGUUCUGGGCUUAAAAGCUUUAAAUCCAUCAUGGUCAGCAUCUCAAAUUUCAACCUUUCUUCGACAAUCCGAAAAUCCUCCAUUAUUAAAAAGUCGUCAAUUAUUAACAAAAGUUAAAAGAACGUUGACAAGAAACACCAUCGAUGAUAGGCAAAGACCAGGACGUCCGAUCACAAUAUCAACACCAAUCUUUCAACAGCAAGUGAAAACAUCAAUGAGAUUAAAAAGAGGAGCUUCUAUUAGAAAUGUCACAGCGAAUUUGAAUAAAAAUGGAACAAGAUGUUCAACAUAUACAGUUUAUAAAGCUGCUCGAAAGUUAAAAUUAAAAUGGUUUAAAACAAGAAAAUCUCAAAAACUAUCAUAUCAAAAUAAAAUCGAUAGAGUUGAUUGUGCUAAAAGAUUGAGAUCGAAGUUUGGUGUUAGUAGAAAUGCAAAGAACUGGAAAUGGGAUAGGGUAGUUAAUACAGAUUUUAGUGGUGUAUUUACUUUACAACCAUUUCAGAAUAAAAGAAAUGAUGGUAUAUGGGCGGAAGAAAAUGAAUCUAUACCAUCAUCUUUAAUCAAUGCACCAACAGAUAAAUUUAAAAAAUGA